UCAAUGACAGCUAGCUGUCAGAAAGUGAGUUCAUUCCCCGGACUCGAGAAGACGGUACGCCGUCGAAAGCUGUGUGUCUGUUUGCUUACAUUUAGCGACAAGAAACGGUGAGACAGAGGAUAAAUCAUCGCAGCAAGCCCGGCCAUGGAUGAACAGGCCGGCCCCGGCGUGUUCUUCAACAACAAUAACAACUCGGUUUUACCCGGCGCUGGUAAAGGACCGCUGCCCGAUGGUGACGCAGCGGAGGCGGCUCGGGCGCAGUACAGUAUCCCGGGGAUCUUACACUUCCUGCAGCACGAAUGGGCCCGCUUCGAAGUCGAAAGGGCACAAUGGGACGUGGAGCGGGCCGAAUUACAGGCACAAAUUGCCUUCCUACAAGGAGAAAGGAAGGGCCAGGAAAAUCUGAAGAAAGAUCUUGUGAGGAGGAUCAAAAUGUUGGAGUAUGCGCUGAAGCAAGAGAGAGCAAAGUAUCAUAAGUUAAAAUACGGGACCGACUUAAAUCAAGGUGACAUGAAACCUCCAAGCUAUGAUUCCGACGAUACGAAUGAGAAUGACACUUCUGGAUCGCUGAACAAUCAGCUGUCCUGGAAACAAGGCCGGCAGCUCCUCAGGCAGUACCUGCAGGAGGUGGGUUACACCGACACCAUCUUAGAUGUGAAGUCACAGCGUGUGCGAGCGCUGCUGGGCCUAGCUGGCGACGGAAGUGGGAAGACGGUUGAACAUAUGAAUACGGAGCCUUUGGUAAAUGGAACAGACGCAUCAACAAAGGGAAUGGGGACUCGAGGGAAAGCCGAGCUGUCAUCUGACACAAGCGCUGUACUGGAGGCCUUCAAAUUCAUCGAGAAUGCGGCAGCUGAGUUCAGUGAUGACGAUGAUGAAGAGGAUAGUGAGGGCAAGGACAGGACUAAUGUGGAGUCCAGAACGAUCAUUCGGAAGAAGCCAUCAUCGUCAACGCCGCCUGCCAGUAUGGACAUUAGUGAGGACCCAGACACAGAAGAUGCCCUUAAGGGCUUCGACUUCUUAUCAAGUCCCGACGAGAUGGACAUCUCACCAGAGUGUCGUGGCACAGGGGAUGGCACUGACUGGGACAAGGACGAGCACGGUCCCAUUUCUGAGGCCUGGGACGUGGACCCGGGCUUGAUAACCAAACUCAAGGAGCAGUACAGAAAGGAACGCAAGGGGAAAAAGGGGGUGAAGAGACCUAACCGGUCCAAGCUCCAGGACAUGCUGGCGAAUCUGAGAGAUGCUGAGGACGUGUCCCACAUGCAGCCUCCAUCCACCGCCCAAUCCCGAUCCAACGUGGUACGCUUCAACGAGCUCGACGGCAACCGAGCUGAUGAAGUGGAGGCGCUGACCUUCCCGCCCACCUCAGGGAAGUCGUUCAUUAUGGGCUCCGAUGAGGCCAUGGAGAGUGAGCUGGGCCUGGGCGAGCUGGCCGGGCUCACUGUAGCCAACGAGGCUGACAGUCUGGCAUACGAUAUUGGCAACAACAAAGAUGCCAUGAGAAAAACCUGGAAUCCUAAAUUUACCCUGCGGAGCCAUUUUGAUGCAGUUCGAGCACUGGCCUUCCAUCCCGUGGAGCCCGUCUUGGUCACUGCCUCAGAGGAUCACACCCUCAAGAUGUGGAAUCUUCAAAAGACAACUCCAGCCAAAAAGAGUACCUCUUUAGAUGUGGAGCCAAUCUACACGUUCAGGGCCCACAGGGGUGCUGUCUUGAGUGUGGUCAUGAGCAGCUCUGGGGAGCAGUGUUUUAGCGGAGGUGUGGACGGCACCAUCCAAUGCUGGAACAUGCCCAAUCCCAACGUUGAUCCCUACGAUUCCUAUGACUCAACAGUGCUGCGUGGGGAGCUCUGUGGACACACAGACUCCAUUUGGGGCUUAGUGUACAGCAGUGCACAUCAGCGCCUCCUUUCCUGCUCGGCUGAUGGGACUGUGAGACUGUGGGAUGCCAACAGCACUUCACCAGCCCUCGCAGUGUUCAACGAGAAUAAGAAGAUGGGAGUUCCCUCCUCGGUGGACCUGGUGUGCAGUGAACCAGCUCACCUGGUCACGUCCUUCACGAACGGGGAGAUUGGACUCUUCAACAUGGAAACUAGUCAACUUGUCCUCAAUUUGGAGUCCAGGUCGGAGCAAGGUCCUCCUAUUCACAUCAACAAGAUCCUCAGCCACCCCACGCUACCCAUCACCAUCACAGCACAGGAGGACAGACACAUCAAGUUCUUUGACAACAACACUGGCAAACUGAUACACUCUAUGGUGGCCCACCUGGAUGCCGUCACCAGUUUAGCUGUGGACCCCAACGGACUGUAUCUGAUGUCGGGCAGUCACGACUGUUCCAUCCGCCUGUGGAACCUAGAGAGUAAAACCUGCAUUCAAGAGUUCACAGCUCACCGAAAGAAGUUCGAGGAGUCCAUUCAUGAUGUGGCUUUUCAUCCGUCAAAAUGCUACAUCGCCAGCGCCGGGGCAGAUGCCCUCGCCAAGGUGUUCGUAUGACACAGUGUGGCGUCUCUCCCCGAAGCCCCCUCCACCGCCUCCGCCUCCACUGAUCAGGGACCAAUCGAGGCACAGGAUGGGAAUCUGACCUUCAGGCACUGGUCCAAGCCCACCCCCCUACCGCCCACUGGUUUUCUAUCGGUCCGGCAGACACUGUAGCUGCUAACAGGCCGGGGAUCUCCACAUGCAGGUCGGGGUGGGAGAACUGACCUCCUCCCCCUCUCAUCUAACAUCCAGGCAGGCCUGGAUGUGACCGCUCACAGCGCCCUGCAGCAACUCAGACUUCACCUCCACAGCCAGGAGGCUCAGGACAAGUGUGAGGAGUCAAGAAACACCGUUCCGAGCCGCAUUUUUUGCCACCACAAGAUCAGGUUUUGUGUUGUCACUCAAGAUUCACUUCUCCUUCGCUUCCUGGACUGACUCCCGCUUGCUGGCCUGCCUUGAUUUUCCUUUUUAAAACACUUGUUGACAAAUGUGCCUUUGCUUUAAAAGGCCUUGGAAAUGUUAUUUUAACAAGGUUGUUUUGGGGGAGUGGGGAGGGCGGCAAAAGCAGAGAAAUGGAUCUGGUUGUCACAGUGUUGCUGAUUUUAACAUUGGAUGUAAAAUGACAAAUGCUUAUAAUAAACAAAAUAUAUAUUCAGUCUUAUAAUUAACUGUGUAGUGUGAAUUUGAGUGCUCCUUUUUGAUAAAUGUAUUUGGGGAAUCAGUUUUGCACUUUUCCAGGCAAAGCUGGUAGUGUGAGGCAGAGCAGAUACAUUAUAUGGUCUGUUUGUUAGAUUCUUGUACACUUGACAAGUAAGAUUAACGUGCAAAUAUUUGUGUCGAAGGUAAACCAUUUUGGUUUUACUCUUACAAUUCAAAGUUGGUUAUUGGUGUCCAUUUUAGGAGUAACUAAUUGAGUUUGGCCAGUUUGCUCUUGUUCCAAUUGAAUGGCUUGUACUGUUUGUAGUCCCUUCUCCCCACCGGACAUGCUUUAUUACGACGUGAUGUGUCAUGUCCGCUUAUUGACAGUAGUCCAGUGUUUAGCAGGAACCUAGUGCAGUACUUUAGGAUUCUUUGACAUACGGUAACACGUUCACCAUCUAACACAGAGUGAGGUGACAUUUCCUGCAACUUCUAAUCCUACUGUAAAAUGUGAGGAGAUGUUCCUAGGUUUUGAAUCAAAUGAUCGGAGAGUGCAGCAUCCAAUGAGCCAUUUUCUCAUUCACUGGUUUGUAAAUCAAAGCAAUGUUCCAAAAUAAAACCUGCUGUAAACUAUUA